AAAUCGUAGAAUUUUUGGUUAUGGUUGUAAGGGUUUAACAGGGUUUAAGAAACCCGCAACUAUGCAAAGUUUCAUUACGAUAAAUUUCAUUUUCAAUCAAAUUUACCACUCAUUCUGAUAUGGCACACAGAAUUUUAAGUAUCAGUCGAAGAAUAGAAAAACUGCUAUGGCAAAGUGUCGGGUACAGCUCGGGUACUGCAAAGACAGUAAAUGCUUUGGAAACUGUGCUACAUAAGUACAGACUGUUUUGCCAAAAACCACCGAAAGGUUUUGAGAAAUAUUUUAAGCCAGGAGCAAAACAACCAGCGAAUGAAGUAGAUAAAAAACCUGGAAAAGAAGCCAAAAAUGUUAAGGAGAAGGACACUAAACAAGAACAGCCAAAACCGCCCCCUUCUAGAAGUCCUACAUCAUCAGGACAAAAACCAUUUGAUCAGUGGUCAUUUGGAUUGUUUGGUGGAACUGGUAACAGGGGUAGUGGCGGUAAACCAUUUGGUGAAGGUGAUAAAGAGAAAUGGUAUUUGUUAGGAGCUGCAGGGGCUGUAGCAUUUUUAGCAACUCUUGCACUUUGGGAAAUGGGAAGCAAAGAGAUUGGAUGGAAGGAAUUUGUUCACAAUUAUCUUGCGAAAGGAAUAGUUGAAAAAUUGGAAGUUGUUAAUAAGAAGUGGGUUAGAGUGAAACUGACACCUGGAAAUACAGUAGAUGGAUCGAAUACACUAUGGUUUAAUAUUGGAAGUGUAGAUUCAUUUGAGAGGAAUCUGGAAAAUGCACAAGUUGAAAUGAAUAUUGAACCUUCAAACUUUGUGCCUGUAAUCUACAAAUCUGAACUGGAAGCUUCUAGUCUUUCUGGUCUUCUUCCUACUGUUAUUGUAAUUGGUUUCCUUAUUUAUAUGAUGAGAAGGUCAGCUGAAAUGAUGGGAGGUCGUAAAGGACGCAAAGGUGGAGGUCUUUUUGGAGGUGUUAUGGAAAGUACUGCAAAACUAAUCAAUUCUAGUGACAUUGGCGUUAGGUUUAAAGAUGUAGCAGGUUGUGAAGAAGCCAAAAUCGAAAUAAUGGAAUUCGUUAAUUUCCUAAAGAACCCCCAACAGUACAUAGACUUAGGAGCCAAAAUUCCUAAGGGGGCAAUGUUGACAGGACCUCCUGGUACUGGCAAGACAUUGCUAGCCAAAGCAACUGCAGGUGAAGCAAACGUUCCAUUUAUAACCGUUUCUGGAUCGGAAUUUUUGGAAAUGUUUGUGGGCGUGGGACCGUCAAGGGUACGAGAUUUAUUCGCUAUGGCACGGAAACAUGCCCCCUGUAUCCUAUUUAUUGAUGAAAUAGACGCGGUCGGAAGAAAGAGGGGUGGACGCAGUUUUGGGGGCCAUUCUGAACAGGAAAAUACUCUUAAUCAACUCCUAGUUGAAAUGGAUGGCUUCAACACCACAACAAAUGUAGUUGUAUUGGCUGCUACCAAUAGAAUUGAUAUUUUAGAUAAGGCCUUGCUAAGACCUGGAAGAUUCGACAGGCAAAUAUAUGUUCCAGCUCCAGACAUUAAAGGCAGAGCUAGUAUAUUUAAGGUUCAUUUAGGUCCCUUAAAGACGAACUUAAAUAAGGGCGAAUUGGCAAGAAAAAUGGCCGCUCUUACACCUGGUUUCACAGGCGCAGACAUAGCCAACGUUUGCAAUGAGGCAGCCUUGAUUGCGGCCAGAGAUCUUAACGAAUUUAUCACAAUGAAACACUUCGAACAAGCUAUCGAACGUGUGGUAGCUGGCAUGGAAAAGAAGACGAACGUUUUAUCUCCUGAAGAAAAAAAAACUGUAGCAUACCAUGAAGCGGGACAUGCCAUUGCCGGAUGGUUUUUGCAAUAUGCAGAUCCUUUAUUGAAGGUUUCAAUUAUACCAAGAGGCAAAGGUCUCGGCUAUGCUCAAUAUUUACCGAAAGAUCAAUAUUUAUAUUCAAAGGAACAGCUUUUUGACAGAAUGUGCAUGACAUUAGGAGGAAGAGUGUCUGAAGAAUUAUUUUUCGGACGUAUCACCACGGGGGCCCAAGACGAUUUGAAGAAAGUUACGCAAAGUGCUUAUGCGCAAGUAGUACAGUUUGGAAUGAACGAGAAGGUAGGAAAUGUAAGCUUCGAUUUACCCCGUGAAGGAGAAAUGGUAUUAGAAAAACCAUAUUCAGAAAGUACGGCUCAAAUAAUCGAUUCUGAGGUGAGAAACUUAAUUAAUUCAGCAUAUAAAAGGACCCAAGAACUUCUUACACACCAUAAAGAAGAUAUUCGGAAAGUGGCCGAAAGACUUUUGAAACAAGAAAUUCUAAGCAGGGAAGAUAUGAUAGAAUUGCUUGGUAAAAGACCUUUCCCAGAAAAAUCGACGUAUGAGGAAUUCGUCGAAGGAACUGGAUCGCUAGAGGAAGACACCACUCUACCCGAAGGACUUAAAGAGUGGAACAAAGAGCGAGAACCACCGUCAAAAAAAGAGCCUGAAACUCAGCCAAUCUAAUAAAAAAAUCUACUUAAUUCAGUUUUUUUUUUGUUGGUAAAUGAAACAUAAGAUCGCUUAUUUGU